UCUGUAAACAUUUCCACUUGAUUACAAGUUGGUGUAGCUGGAGGUGGUGGUUUGACUGUGGGCAUUUCAUGUCUCAUCUAUUGCUAGGCCUAGGUGGAUGCAGGACACACUAGAUCACGCCUGGACAUUCUAAACACAAGCUCUGUAUAUAAUUGCCAUCAUAGCAAAGAAAAGCAUCCCCUACAACAGAAUUCCAGCAGUCUUCCCUGGGAACUGUGGACCGGAGUAAGUUUGUUGCCGAAUUGUUAGUGAUUGCUAGCCAGGCCGUCAUCAAGUUAUAAUCAGAGUGUUGUUUGAUGAGAUUGGCAGUGGGUGACUGGAAGCAUGCUGCAAGCUAGGAUAUGAAUACAUUCAGUCGACCUAGUUGUAUGCAUCAGGCAAUAGGACGAGGAGUUGAAGUGAUAAUCAUCAGUGAAGGAUCUGUUGGAUUGCUCUAUGCUUGUUUCUUAAGUGGAUCAUAAAAUCUUCAAGUACACUGAGAUAUGAUGAGGAAUACUGUCUUCACAGUCAUAGUAGUUUUGGCAUUGUCUCACGGUGCUAUAGCAGCAAGGAGAAGGGAAGAUGUGCAACCGACAAUCACCGAACACCCUGAGAAUAUAGUAGUCCCUAAGAAUGCUCCGGCUAGACUCAAUUGUAGAGCAGAAGGCAAACCAGAACCCAGUAUCUCAUGGCUAAAAGAUGGCUACCCAAUGGACAUGUCAACAGGGAGCAGUCAUAUUACGCUACUGGAUACAGGAGAGAUGCUAUUCCUCAGUGUUAGUCGUCUAGAUGUGGGAACCUAUCAGUGUAUUGCUGAAAAUCGUGCCGGAGCAACUCGCAGUCGAAACGCUACCCUUGAAGUGGCAUUUUUACGAGACGAUUUCCGGACGGAUCCAUCCGAUUCAGUGGGUUUAGCCGGAGAGCCAGUGGUGUUAGAGUGUCAGCCCCCUCGAGGCUACCCAGAGCCUGUAGUCAGCUGGAGUAAAGACGGUCAAGAUGUGAAUACAGAUGGAGACAGAGUCAAGGUGCUACAAGAUGGCAACCUCAUGAUAUCACAGGCAAGGAGAACAGAUACUGGAAGCUAUGUGUGUAUUGCAACAAAUACCAUCGGCACCAGACAAAGCCCACCGGCAAUUCUUAAUGUACAUGCUCGGCCGACCUUCACCAGACCAGCUGAAGAUGCUAUUGCAGCACCAGGUGAUACAGUAGAUCUACACUGUGUAGUGGAAGGAGAUCCUAUCCCUACAGUCACAUGGAGUAGGAUGGAUGGAGACUUGCCACAAGGAAGAUUUCAAAUUGGUGAAGAUAACUCUCUGCAUUUACGUCAUGUGAUACAAGAUGAUGAGGGUAUUUAUAUAUGCAGAGCAGAGAAUGGCUGGGGCGCAGAGACGAUGAUGGUUACACUGGACGUCAACACUGAGCCAACAUUCACCACGGAACCGUUGGACCAGACUGUAUCCAUUGGGCAGGUGGUUUCAUUUGAAUGCAAAGUGACUGGUAGUCCAACUCCGGCCAUAUUCUGGCAGAAGGGAGGUGAACAGGAUCUGUGGUACCGUGGAGAAAGCUACAGCAAUGGACGGAUUGUUAUAAGUGAAGAAGGGGAAUUAGAGAUCCAAGAUGUGGGCUUAGAAGACGAAGGUUAUUACACCUGCUCUGCACUAAGUGUAUCUGGUACAGCAGAUGUGUCAGCAUACCUAACAGUACUAGUUCCAACCAGUACCAUUGUCCCAGCUACCCCAGGUCAGCCUCCUCCUGUGAUCCGUUAUUUACCUAGUAACCAGACGUACUUAUCAGGAGCAUUUGGGUUGAUUCCAUGUGAGGCUACUGGUGAUCCUGACCCAGUACUACAAUGGAGUAAGAACUCGGCACCCAUACAGACUAACUCCAGGAUCAUUGUGCGGGAUUCUGGUACCCUUGAGAUUGGGAAUCUCUUUGUAUCUGAUACAGGUUUAUACACAUGUACUGCAUCGAAUGAGUGGGGACAGACUAGCUGGUCAGCGUCGCUGCAGGUUGUGGAUGAGCCGACCUCUGGUUCGGGCGUUUCUCUGCAGAGUGCACCGAGUCUCUCUCAGCUGCCUUCCCCUCCAGGACCCUUGAUUCCCAGUAAUAUCACCAAGACAACUAUCAACUUAUCAUGGCAACAACCAUCCUCGGAUACUCCAGUCACCCAUUAUAGAUUGGAAUAUUACAGCCCACAAACCGCUUCAGGCUGGAUGUUAUAUUCUGAUCACAUUGAGGAAGAGAGGGUUUUAGUGCAGCAACUGAGACCAGGCACAACAUAUUUAUUUUUAGUGAGAGCUGUGAAUGACCGUGGGAUUGGUCCACCAAGUCCCAUCUCUCAACCAAUCACCACCAGAGACUCUGGGAGGACUUCCGUUGUGCUGCAAUUAGCAGAGGCAGGUGUGUCUAUCAAAAACACUUUAGUUCUCAGUAACACAGAGGUUAAAGUCAUCUGGCAGGUUGAUCAACACACCAACUUAAUAGAGGGUUUUAACCUCAAACACUGGAUCAACUCCAACCCAGACGAAGUCACUGUCCAGGUUGUCAUUGGUGCUACUUCUAAGAAACUAGUAGGUCUGCAACCAGACACACACUACACUGUCGCUGUACAGCCAUUCAUUGGAGAUGUCACGGGACCAGACUCACCAACUGCUUCAUUUAUUACCGAAGAUGUUGUGAUCAGGCCAGGUAGCAGUGUAUUACAGAAUAAGCUAGACACAUGUGGGAUUAGUAUACAGUCUGUAGAGGCUUUGGAUUCUACAACACUACAGGUUACUUGGCAGGUCAACAGACACACGGCAUACAUCAGUGGUUACCACAUUAGAAUCCAAUCGCUGGAGGUGAAUUGGUCCAAUACCAUCACCAUGGACACAGAGUCAGCUCGGACCCAGUUACUGACUGAUUUAACUCCAUGGACUCAGUAUGCAGUGACAAUUACACCCUAUAAAGGACAAUACACAGGGCAGGAGAGUAGAGUUGUCAUUGCUAAGACAGGACCUGAUGUUCCUUACUCAGCUCCAAGGAGCGUGUUUGGGGAGAGUAAUGGUUCAUCAGCCAUUCUAGUGGGUUGGCUUCCUCCCCCUGUACACAUGGUUCCUGGUAUACUUGCUGGUUACAAUGUCUACGUCUUGGGAAACAGCUCGGAUCAACACAAGAAUGUUGUGGCGGGUAACAUGAGCAGUAAUGCAAUGGUGACGGGGCUGGACCAAGGCAAGGCAUACAGAGUUAUGGUUGCUGCAUUUACAACUGCAGGAUCCGGACCGAACAGUACUGAAAUUACUGUCAGAGUUCCUCCAGUGUUGAAGACCGAUGAUCUUGGAGGGAGUAUUACGAUGAUUGUAUCUCAGCCAUGGUUUAUUGCUACCCUGGCUAGCCUCAUGUUGAUUACUAUCGUCUUUAUUACUGCUUGGUUAUGGAGAAGGAGACAGAAACAGAAGCAGUCAUCAAACAUUACUAAAGCUUCCAUUGGCAAAGAUACUGGUGUGAUGCAGAAUAUUGGUGGCGUUGGUCCUGGAACUACGGCGAUCAACCAGAGUAAUAGCCAAGCCUGGGCAGAGACUCAAUCCUGGCUUCAUACUACGGCUAGCGAUGGACACGGUAACCAUCCUGGAUGCAUGACUACUUGCUCUCAUGCAAAUAGCUCACUCAGCGAUACCUUGGAAAAAACCAACUACUUUUUCCCUAACUGGGGCACAGGUGCAAGCUGGUACCAUGCUAACGAUCCUGAGAUGUGUAAACAAACCUUAGCUACAACCGACUGUCAAAUUGAGUGUAAGGACGCUAAUAUGUCGCAGCUAGCUGAGAGUCAGCGCAGUAGUAACUUUGAUGCAUCUAAUCCUACACUGUCUACAUUUCAAGGCUCCAUUCCCAGACAGAGAGGGAGUCCUGAAUAUGCCGUUGUGGAGAGUGAAUUACACACGCCUUGUUGUCAGGGUAGUUACCCCAGAGCGCCUCAUUUACUCUGUAUCCAUGACACUGAGCCCUACGCCUCUGCCACCCUGGUAUUACCUCCUAACAUCAGAGAGUAUGCAGCCAGGAGACAGAAAUGUAGUGACAGCAGCUCUAACUCAGGCUCUGGGUAUAAUACCCAACCGACUGGAGUCAGAAAAACAAGUCGCUCCGGACUGGAGAAUGUUGCGUACAGUAGCAGUGGCUCUGGACCACCUGCUGUGCCCAAACGAGAUGGUAGUAUGCCAAGUGCUUCUGAUUGUCCGAGUUUGCCGAGUGAUUCAGGAGCUAGCUCAGCAGGGGACAGGGGAAGUAGAAAGAAGAACCGUCAUAGAGGAGGCUCCAAACAACAACCUGCACGCAACUGGACUGAGUUACUGCCCCCACCUCCUGAACAACCUCCAACUGACAUUGACUCACCUACUGGCACUACACCCUGCCUAGCACCCUGCUCACAUGCGCCUACUACUAAUGCACAUAUGAAUCAAGCACCACCCUGCUCCCAUGCUCCUACUAAUGGGCACAUGGAUGGGAAGUGUUGUUCAUCUAGAAUGCAUCCACAUAUGGACACAGCACCAGCCCCACCUAUAAGACAACAUCACUCAAUGACUCCAGCAUACCCCAACAAUGACUCUCAUCACACCUACCCUGGGGGAGUACCAUACGAUAACCAUGCAUCACAUAGACCACAACCAACAAACUCAUUGCCUAACAAACUAGGCAACAAUAGGAGUGGUUCCCCUGCAGAUCGUAUGCAGCAAUCCCGUCACGAUGUACCUGAUAGACCCACAGAGGCUACUCAGUCACAUCCAGGGGGAUCCUGUUUAGCAACAAAGCGGUUAUUUGAGGAUCCAAGACAUGAGCAGCUUGGUAAAGAGUUGUUGGAGUUUAAUGAUGACAUGUCACAGAGUGAGAUACUGUCUGACAAUGACUAUGCUCCAAUGUCUCCUGUGAGAACAAGACCAGCAAUAGAGGAUGAGCCGGUCUAUCAGCCACAGUCACUCUGCUUAUCAGAAAUGGAUCUUCCAGUUAGAGAUGAUUUGGAGACUGAUGUAGAGUCUGAGAGCAACUGCACAGAUGCUAUGCUUGGAUCCUGGUCAUCAAUGAACGGUAGUUCUAGCAGUGGUCGUCAUAGCAGUGUUAGUGAAAGUUCUGAUGGUUCAUUCUUUACUGAUGCUGAUUUUGCUAGUGCAGUAGCAGCAGCAGCCCAGAGUUCUGGAAUGAAUGUUGUGGGCUCCACGGUCACAGAUCCACGAGCAGGUAAAAAGCACAGUAGGAGAGGUUUGGUCACACCGAAAGCUGGCACUAAUGGCAUGGAUGGAAGUAACUCUGGACACUAUGGUUCUCAUGAACACAGUCAUCGACAUGGCAACCAAGGAGGAAUAAAGAGAGUAGGUGAGAAUCCACACAGACCAUCCAUGAAUACAGCUUCAACUCAUCCUACAUUACCCAUCGGAACAAGACAGCAUCGAGAUAAACAAAACAGUCUUAAAAAAGAUCAACUGAUCCUGCAAGAUACCAACGAAAUGGGCCUCACGGUCACGGCUAAUCCCAUGGCAUUUGCUCUGGAGAAAAAAGAAACUUUAAAAGUAUAAUUAUUUAAUUAAUUAAGAGUUUGAUCAUAUAUUUCAGAUAUUAUUUUUUUGAAAAGCCCAUCGUGUUUAAAUAUUAUUGUCCUGACUUAACCGGAGCUUACAUGUACAGAUAAGAGCUGCAUAUGUUAGGAAAUGAAGUAGCUGAGCUUUAAUACUGUCAUGACUUUUAUCAGACUACAGCCAUCGUUGUCAUAUACAAAGAUAAUGGUAACUUUCAUUUCUUUAAAGGUGACCAGACUAGUUUCCCUUCCAGCCUGGGUUUGGUUAGGCCGAGUCCGAAACAGUGACUUUCAUUUCUUCAAAGGCCAGGUGUCGAUUUCACAAAGAGUUAGCCUAGAAGAUACACAAAACGUAUGGCUAGUCCUAAGUUAGGACGAAUAACUGGUCCGAACUCGAGAUAAGACUAGUCCUAAGUCUUUGUGUAAUCUACCCCUGGCUAGUUUCUCUUCCAGCCUUGGUUUGGUUAGGCCGUGUCCGAAGCGGCGACUUUGGCUGCAGCUACGGCUAGAUCGUCUAUUCUUUAACACUGUCAGAUUUAGCCAUAGCUCUAGCCGAAGACGCCGUUCAGUUGGCCUUACACUGAAUUGAGGAAAUCAAGAUGGCUGUACAAUGAGAAAAGUCUUGAAUUUAAUAAGAUGAUAUCAAGUGAACCUUGUAACCAAAGAGAUGUCCAGUACUUUGAAUAAUGUUGGAAUUACGGCAACUUUUCUACCUCUGGGGUACAAUGUUUGUGUCCACCAAACCCGAUUCAUUGAAAACCAUAGAUCAAACAGAACUCUUUUCCAAAUACACACAGCUUCAAACUGUUUCAAACUUUCGAGUCUGUGCUGUGGUUUUAAAAACAGGUGUAUUGAAUUGCUGGUGGACUUUACCUUAUGUAGAAAAUGGAGUAGAAUUUACCGGCUUAGAUGAACGUAUAAAUAUCAUUGUAUACAAGCCUACAUUUAAGAUCAGUACUACAGGCGUAGUCUGGAUCUAUUGAUUAUUAUCAAGCAAAUACAGCUCGGCUUUUGUAACAAAUUAUUGGUCCCAUUCUGUAAUCGAUAAAGUCACUCAUUAGUAUCCCUGUAAUUGGCUGAUCAAUUUGAUAUCAUAAUAGUAAUGGUGAGUGCUUCAACUGUACUGACUCAACUACCAUUCACUAAAGUGGUUUUGUAUUGUAUGAAAAUUAACACAACUGGCUUUGGUGUAAUCCUACCAUGCAUUCCCACCUGGACUUAUAUUCUGCGAUGUUUGCAAAGCAUUUUACAGUGUGGUCGCGGUAGGUUUACUGCACAGAGCUGUUCCCAUUGGAGUUUUUAGCGGCCCUGAUAAUUUAUAGGAGGGGAGAUAACCAACCAUGAUUGUUAUGAAUUAACACUAUUUUACUAGCAUUAACUGUUAAACAUGAUCGAUAUUUGUAACUUGCCAAUCAAUUUCAAAAUCUUGCAGACUAAAACAAAAAAAAAAGUAUAUAUAUUUUUGUGUUUUUAAAUUUCGUAACAAAUGUUUUGUUAUAUUUGGGAUAUCAGAAAAUUGAAAGAAAUCAUUACCAUCUCAUGAAUAAUUCAAACGUCAUGGUUAGAUUUUGAAUUGAACGAUACUGGUAAAUCACUGGUUAUGUUGACAUUUCAUGUUUUGUUGCCAUACAGUUUUUUAUGAUGACGGUUCUGUUCCAGUACAAAGUACCAAUACUCCACCACUAGAGGUUUAUACAAAGUUUCAAUUAUGACUUUUACAACCUAAAUUAAAGCUAAAAGCUCCAUCUGUUUGUGCUCUUGUUUCACUUAGAAAACGUUUUCCUUCUGACAGAUAAGGUGGCUUGAUAAAAUAAAUCUUUCUGUCUUGGUUAAAAGCUUCCAGGUUUUCACUCGAAAAGUGAAAUGUCAUAAAGUAUUUAUACAGAGCAGAUACAAAUGUUUCUAAGGAAAAGGUCUCGAUGUCCCAGACUUCACGUACUUCACAACAAUCUUCCCCAAAAUGUCAAAUCUUCCCAGUUUAUGUCUGCUUACACAAUGCGUUUAGAUUCAAACCUGUCAAUGGACUUUCACUUUAUAUGAACACAAAUGUUUUAUUUAGUAAUUUAAGAAAGUGCUUUAGUCAUACCAGUAUGACUGACAGAAGCACUGUCUUUUAGUUACCCUUUCUUGCUUAUAAUGAUCUAAAGCAAUGCUUACCUGAUGGCAAAUCUCAUUACAUUGCUGUGUCACAUUAUGUCAAAAUUGUGUACUGCUUUUGACUUUUGACAAAACUUCCCUAUAGUUUCGGUAAUACAAUUCUUCCUUCAUUUCUUUGUGCAUCAUAUUUAUCACUAAGGCAACGUUCAAAGGUGUUGAUCUUAAUUUAUUAUCAUGUAUUAAAGACAUUGGACACUA